AUGUCCAAACUCGCUGUGAUUCUUGGCCUUCUGGGAGUCACUACCGUUUAUGCUAAUAACGGCAUCCCGGAGCAUUAUUUCACAGAUAAUCAAGGCAUCGACGCCGCCCAAGCCGGUUCUCCCAUGUGGCACAUGGCCAGUGGAUCUUGCCUUCCAAGCGCUGCAGAAGAUGGCCAAGGACACCAAACCAACGGCGUUGACCCGGGAUCCGGGGACUGCGCCGUCGGGGCAUAUCUAGGCCAUGGCUGCCCAGGAGACUCGACCUGGCGUGGUAGUAACAACGUCUGGUACCAUGACGCGCCCGGCGAGCCCUUCUACGAUAUCCCCACUUACUUCACGACCCGGAAGUGCGGCGACAGAGAUUGGCGCAUUUACUACGGUGUCUACUUCAAAAAGGAUGUUGGACAUAAGUCCGACUGGGAAUGGGCAGUGAUGAAAUGGACCCCGGAUGGCCCUGGAGGCAGCUGGGUGCGAAACAGCGUUGUCCUGCAGGUGGACAAAACAUGGGGAGGUGGCAAUUACGGUGACAUCCCCAACACCUUUGACCGCUCAGGCGACCAGUUCCAAGACGGCAACAGGAACCGCGACCACCCGAAGUUCUACUUCGGCAAACACCACCACGCGGUGCACUGGGAUAUGUCUGGCAAUUUCAAGAGCACAUGCCCGGGACUAGGAACAGACGAUUUCAGGUCAAAUGACUUCCAGUUCUGGGCGCAUUCGGAUUUGAGACAUAUCAACUUCAUUGGCUCAGACUGGAAUUAUGGCCAGGCGACUAAUCCUCAUGCUGUCGACCUCUGCGAUGGACAUGGCAAAAUCUAA